AUAUAUAUUUAUUAUUAUCUACAAAAUAAUUGCGAUAAGACCCUAUCAAGGAAUUAUAAGCAUUCCAUGUCUUGCAAGGUUGGCAUCAUUGGUGAUAUCCUCGACAGUUAACCGUUUUUUUACAAAAUACAAAGGUACACAGAAGUCAGAAAUACAGAAUAGAUAAAUUACUUAAAUUAGUAAUUGCCAAAUCGUAUUCAGUAUGAACUACGAAUAAGAAUACGAUUAAUAUUUAAAAAUAUUUGAACCGGGUUUCGGACCAGGUUAUUAAUAGUUAUUUAAUAUGUUUUCACAAAUCGUACGUAAUGUGAACCUAGAUGUCGAGUCAUCUACUGAUGUAUCGGACGAAUUUGCUGAACUCUUGAAACUAUCUGAGCAAUCGCAUUUAGAAUAUGAAGAUGCAAAGGUCAGGCUAGAAGAGACCAACAAGGAAAUAAAUCACUACGAUGAACAGUUGAACAUUAUUGAAAGAGAACGAGUCAAACUCAUGUCGGAGUUGGCUCUUCAAAUGCAGAUGAAACAUGACUUAAAGAAUAAAGUGGAAGGUCUGAACAGUAUACUACAAUCAACAGAAUUUGACUUAAAAAAAUAUAACAAAAUGAAGUUAAGUACCGCUGACCUAGAUAUUUUCUCCCAUACUAAAAAAACAUUCAUUACUUAUAAGAAUAUGUUGAAGAUAUAUUUUGAUUAUUCCAAUGGUGCAAAUGCAACUACACAAAAAGGAUAUACAUUUAACAGAACCACAAAAAAACUAGCUUACUUUGAGUUUAAUACAGAUGAAAAAACCGACAGUGAAAUUGCAGCAAAUUUAUGGAAUAAAAUUAAGUUAGUUUCAGAUAAAAAUUGGGAAAUUUUAGCUGUAUAGUAAUUUUAUUUAUUUGUAAUGAAGGCUAAUAUGUAUAUUUAAAAAAAUAAUUGUAAUUAAGAAUUUGAUUUUUAUCUUGAACAAUUGUGAACUGCCAUUUGGCUUAUUAGUUGAUUUUUUUAAUUAUAAACAGGUGACAUAUUUUUAUUUCAGUUACUAACCUUUUUGUUAAAUAAAAAGUCUUUUUUUAUCAUACAAAUC